ACUAUUUUUAAUCCCGUAAGAUGUAAACAAUACUUUGUGUGAGAGCCCAAACAAGAAAAAAAGAGUGGAGGGUUUGGGAGCAACCACUCCAGCAAUCAGAAAGGUAGCCGUUAUUUCUUUUCUCUUUUGCUUCGAUUUUUCCGGUAGGAACUCUCUGUCGAAAUAGCUGUCUUUCUGUGACAACAACCACCUUCCAGCUCUGAAUACAAAACAUCCUCUCCAUAUCUCCAACCCCCCUUACUUUUUCUUUUUUCCUUUUGAUUUUUCUGUCCUUGCUUCUUCUGCUAUAAUUCUCUCAAUUCAGAUAAAAAAGACUAGAUUUUUCCUCACCGGAAUACGAAAAGAUUAAAUUUUUACUUCUACUGCCCGUAGUUCGAGAGGCCAGAGGACAGUUGGAGGGAUGGGAAAGAGGAAGAGAGAGAAAGGAAAGAUGUCCGCAGAAACCUCCAACUUGCAGCACCGGACAACCCCUUCUGAAUGCUUUAACCUAUAAAACAAACACCCUUUUCUCUCAUUCCUUCCCCUUUUCCCUUUGUUUUUCUAUCUCUAUUCAGCUCCUCCUCCCUUUUGUUAAUUGUUCUUUUUUCUUUCUUUUUUUGGUUGAUGGGCAUCACAUUCUUGAGUUCCUCCCUGUCAAUGGGUUUUUCUGGUCUUUUCUUUUGAUGGGUUGGUGUGAUUAGGCCUUGUGGAGAAGAAAGGAGUCUCUUUUUCUUUAUUUGAUUGGCAUUGGUAUGGGCUUGGUAGGGAAGUGAAGGAAGAAAGAAGAGGAAGAAGAAGGGGAGGAAUUAACAACAAAUAAAAACAAAGGAAAAGAGUCUUAUGCGGAGUCGGCGCUGUGUCGCUGUCUGUCAGCAUUGUCGGCAUUUGAAUUAUGAUUGGGAACAGGGGAUUCAAAUAAGUUAUUCCGGCAUUUAAGUACGGAGUGUGAUGCCUAAACCUCAACUGGUCAGUCGGCCAUAGCAAGCACCACCCACCGAAGGAAACGAUCGAAGAGCUGGGAUUCGGCGACAACUGCUUGGGGCCAAUCCUCAGCUGGACUUGGUGAAGUGGGCAUAUAGAGUGCUGUUCUGGGAGCAGGCAUAUCUUCAUGCCAAUAUGGGCAAAAGAUUUGGUUUUGGUGCAUUAGCAAUAUGUGAUUUAAUCAGGAUGAUGAGCGAAUGAAGCAAUGCAAUCACGAGCUGCAGACUUUUAGUUUUAGAAGGUUUCAGGUUCAAUGUCUAGAGAGGCAGACUUCCCUGCCACUGUUCCACUGUACUGAGGUGGAUCCCAUACUAAAUGUCAGGGCAUCUUGCAGCAGCUCUUGGAGGUGCUGCAGGAGCCGUGGCAUUGGUUGGGAUAGUGGUUAUUUUUGUAUGGUACUGCCUAUUGCGUAACAGGGGUGUCUCGAGAACUUCAGAGACGAAUUCAUCAGAACCAUCUCUACAAGGACAAAGUAUUGAAUUGCCUUUCCGUGGAGGUGUCUCUUACCCACCAGACUUUCAAGGAGCAAGAUGUUUUAAACUGGAGGAAUUAAGUGUGGCUACAAAGAAUUUCAGCAAUAUCAAUCUUAUCGGUUAUGGAAUGUUUGGAGAAGUCUACAAGGGUUUGCUUCAUGAUGGGAUGGUUGCUAUUAAGAGAAGGCUAUCUGCUCCAAGUCAGGAAUUUAUUGAAGAGGUACAUUUCCUAUCAUCUAUUCGGCAUAGGAAUCUUGUGAGUCUUUUGGGUUACUGCCAGGAAAAUAACAUGCAAAUGCUCAUCUAUGAGUAUAUACCAAAUGGCAGUGUUUCCACUCACUUAUAUGGUUCUGGUCAGGUGGCAAGCGCCAGGCUAGAAUUCAAGCACAGGCUCUCGAUAGCCCAUGGGGCAGCUAAAGGUCUGGGUGUUCUGCAUUCUCUGAAUCCUCCUCUGGUACAUACGAACUUCAAAACAGCAAAUGUGCUUGUAGAUGAGGAUUUCAUACCAAAAGUUGCAGAUGCUGGGCUUCGAAGCUUGCUUGAUCGAAUUGAUGAAGCUGGUCCAUCUUCCCGAAUGACAACAGAUGAUCCUUUCCUUGAUCCUGAGGUCAAGGAAUCUGGAAGAUUUUCUGUAAGGAGUGAUGUAUAUAGUUUCGGAGUGUUUCUUCUGGAGUUAGUAAGCGGGCGGGAAGCUAGAUCUGACCAAAGUAUCAUCGAAUUGGUACUUAGGAAUUUCAUGAAGGCACUUCAAGCACUCUAGCAGUUGCGCAUCUGCUGCACUCAUUCAUUCCGGAAGUUACUACGCUUUAAUUUCAUCUACUUGUGCAUAUAAAAGCCAUCACUCGAUAAAUUUCUGAAGCUCCAUGUUAGUGACCAUGAUUUGUAAAUUAAUUUCAGUACAAUGUUAUAAUUUGGAAACACUUUGUUAGUGAUGUAACCUUGAACACGUAAUUGAAAGGAAAAGGAGGAAUGUAGAACUAACCAUCUUGUUUGUUUGUUCAGUGCAACAGCAGGAUGUGGUAGUUCCUAGGAUAAGUAAGAUCUACCUGCAAAUGUGGUGCAGUUUAGAUCUUCUGUAAUAUUGUUCUACACUUAGAAUCUUUGUUUGCAUUUAUUUAUGAUAUUUUAUUUUGGAGUGAAAAGGUUGCCUGAAAUU